AUGGCAAGUCAGGCUUACUCAUUCUGGGCUCGCACUUCACGUCCAAGACCCAGUGUCGUCCAUGCAUCAGAAGAUACUUGUUUUCCUGCCCCGCAGUGGCAACUCCAGAGCAGAGUACGAACUACGGCGGCCGGAGUUUUGGCAGGGCAGGCCUUUAGAAAGUUUCUUCCCCUCUUUGACCGAGUCUUAGUUAAAAGGAGUGCGGCUGAAACUGUAACCAAAGGAGGUAUUAUGCUUCCAGAAAAAUCUCAAGGAAAAGUGUUGCAAGCAACAAUAGUAGCUGUUGGAUCGGGCUCUAAAGGAAAGGGUGGAGAGAUUCAACCAGUUAGCGGGAAAGUUGGAGAUAAAAUUCUCCUCCCAGAAUAUGGAGGCACCAAGGUAGUUCUAGAUGAUAAAGAUUAUUUCUUAUUUAGAGAUGGUGACAUUCUUGGAAAGUAUGUGGACUGA